GAACAAGAACAUGAAAAACAAGAAGAAGAAGAAGAAGAACAACAACAACAACAACAACAACAACAACAACAACAAUGACAACAACAACAACAACGACGACGACGACGACGACAACAACAACAACAGCAGCAGCAGCAGCAGCAGCAGCAGCAGCAGCAGCAACAACAACAGCAACAACAGCAACAACAACAACAGCAACAACAGCAACAACAACAACAACAACAACAACAACAACAACAACAACAACAACAACAACAACAACAACAAGGAUAAGAAGAAGAUGAAGGAGGAGGAGAAAGAAGAAGAAGAUGAAGGAGGAGGAGCAAGAAGAAGAAGAACAAGAACAAGAAGAAGAACAAGCAACAAUCAUAUUAGAGAGUACCGUUCAAAAGACCAAACACUACCACAAGUCAACCACAACUUAAGACCAAAACAUCUCGCGCGCACAAACUGAAAAAAAGGACUUGUAUCCCUUUUACAAUGAAGUAUUAAGGCUAAACAUAAGACAUAACCUAAAUAAUGAGUGUGAGCAGUUCCGCAUGGAGGAUUCAAAGAGUGUAGUGGACGCUGAAGGGUCGAAAAUGGCAGGACUAAAAGGCGAGGCACAGGGAGCAGAGGAAGUGGCAACUGGAGAGGACACGGAGGGAAUGGAAGAGAGUGUGGCUGUGGCUGAGAAGGAGGCGGAAGAGGUAGGAGGAGGUAGAGAGAGUGACAGAAUGGACUUGCUGCCUGGCACUCCCUUCCUGAUGAGCGAGGAGGGGCUGGUAUACCAAUGCUAUCCGCUGUCUGAACAAGAAAUUAUCAUCGUAAGCCUGGAGGAAGGAGACUUGCUGAUAGGGGAACAACUCCACACACCUGUCCUACCGUCCUCCUCUUCAAAUGUGUCUUCCUCCCCUCCAGCCCUACUCCCUGUCACGCAUUCCAGCACACAAACAGAAGCCAAAGAGGGUGCAGCACACGCCCAGGGCAGUGCCAGGCCCCAAGGACUCACCAAAGGGAAAAGUAAUUCUGGCAAAGACACAAAGUCAGGCAGUAGGGAGCUACAGAAGUUAGGAGUGCCAGCACACAGUUCUGCCCACCACAGUGCCAAUGGCAAGGGCACACAGCAGGUGGCCUUGGACUGGCUGUGGUGCUACAUUUGCUCUGAAAUGCUACCUACUAGUGGCACGCUGCGGCACCACUUUGCCACAGCACACAGUGAAGCGCAUGUCACAUCUCACCCUUGUCUGGUGUGCCUGCAAGAGUGCUGGAGCGAGGGCCAGCUGGAGUGGCACUUACGCCUGCAGCACAACAUCAAGGAUCCAGCAGCAGCUUGUGUGGUGUGCGGUGCUCAGCUGGCCACACGGGCUGAGUGCAGGGCACACAUGCGCAAGCAUCCUGCCACCCUGCUGUGCCCUGCCUGUCCCCUUAAGUUCCCCAGUCAGCAGCAGCUGGUGUUGCAUGUGCAGCAGCACCACCUGCCCAAGUUGCUGCCCCACACCUGUCCUGUGUGUGGCUGCCGCUUCAGACAGUGCAGCACUCUUCAGGUGCACAUGAGUCGGCACUCAGUGCAGCAGUGCCCUGAGCCAGGCUGCCACUACAAGGCACAGGAUGAGAGCUGGAUGUUGGUACACUUGCACGAUCAUCACUAUCAUCACCAUGACACCUUUGCUGCCCAGCAUGAUGCCAGUGACCGCCUUCUAGACCGCCUGCUGGCUUGUUACUUCAGUUCUAAUGUCCAGGAGCAGAAGUCUUCCUCCCCUGAGGAGCCACAAGACUUACUUAAAGGUUUACCAGGCUCCCUUGAAGGAUCAGUGUCCCCACUUAAGGUACCUGUGGCAUCCCACCAAGGUCAUGACAGCCUUUGCUUGGAUGAAGUGGAGGAUGUGGUGAAUGGAGUUUUGGAGGCUGUAGUGCAAGUGGAAGAGGAACAGCAGGAGGAUGAGGAUAGUCCAGAGAAACUGCUGUUAAAGGUUGGCUGUGAGGGGCCAGCCCUGCACCGCUGUGGCCUGUGCAACACCUACCUGCCUUCGCCUGAUGAUCUGGCCACUCACAAGGCCCAGCACACACAGAGAGUGAGCUGCUUCAGGUGUGACAAGACUUUCCAGAGUGUGAAGCAGCUCAAGCGACACAUGAUGGUACACACCACCCAGCUGGACACCACUCAGAGCCGCACAGCACAGGGUCAGCUGCAGUGUCUGGAGUGUGGCAAGGUAUGUGGUUCAGAGUCAGCACUCAGCAGGCACCGCUCCAGCCAUAGCCGAGCACAGGGCCGGCACCAGUGUGAGGUGUGCCAGCGCAGAGUGAGGACACGGGCACACCUGCUGGAGCACUUGGCCAGGGUGCACAAGAUCCACCAUGAGUCCAAGCACCUUCAGUGUGGCAUGUGUGACCGCAGGUUUGCCUCUAAGACUCGCCUUCAGUCACACCAGCUGACCCACAGCGACAGUGAGCCACACUGGAGUUGCCAGGAGUGCCACAAGACUUUCACCAACCCUGGCACACUGCAGCACCAUAUGACAACUCACCAAGGCAACAAGUUUGUGUGUGAUGUAUGCGGUGACCCGUUUGACUCUGCCCACCGCUUGGCCACCCACACCCGCACCCACGACCCAACUCAUAAGGCUAGGCUGCCAUGCCCUCACUGUGUGCAGAAGUUUGCCUACAAGAGCCAUCUCAAGGUGCAUCUCAGGAUCCACACUGGGGAGAGGCCGUAUGUGUGCGAGACUUGUGGCAAGUGUUUCAAGCGCCUGCAGCAAUGCAAGGUUCACCACCGCACGACGCACAGUGAGCAGCGGGAGGCAUGUAUGCAGUGUGGCCGCACCUUUGGGGACAAGACGAACCUGCUGCGUCAUUGUCUCCUGGUCCACCACCACCUCAAGCGAUGGGUGUGUGGAGUGUGUGCCCAGAGUUAUUCCUACUCACAGGAUCUACGCAAACACCUGCAUAAAAAACACAAUUUGUCCUUCAAGCGCCUGGAUGCUUCCACCAAGAAGACAAGACAUGAAGUGUAUGUGGUGCCUGAGGGCGGGAUGGCUGGCAUGAGUGAGGCGGCGCGGCAGGCUGUGGAGACUGUGAGUGAGGCGGAGCGGCGCAAGGUGGAACAGGUGUUGGCCACCACCAAUAACCUGUUAAGGGGCACCACUGUCCACAGCCCUUCCCUACAGGAUCCCACCCUCCCCCCUGGCACCCUGGUGGUUCAGGACUCUUCCCAGGGAGCUGGCCAACCACUGCUCCUGGCUGGAGUGGAGGUCCAGGAAGCUGAGGUAGACAGGGUAUCUUGUGUGAAGUGUGGGGGUAGUGUGGCUCAGUCCCAAGAGCAGUGUGGGCUGUGUGGGGCAGCAGCACGGCACCAGCCUGCAAGUGGUGGUGGUGGUGGUGGUGGUAGCCAUCACCAGGUGGUGUUCCAGUGUUCGGUUUGUGGCGUGCACUACAGCAGCCAGGCCCAGUGUGCAGCACAUGUGUCUGCCACUCAUGGGUCACACUUACUUGCCCUCCAGGGAGGCACCACACCCCUGCUGGCCCCAGGCACUGGUGUGCUGCCACCCCCACUCCUCCUGGCACCCCAGCCAGCCCCACAGUGUCUGGUGCAUGUGCCCCAGCAGGUGCCACUGUGUAUACAACCACCACCACCUGCACCACCACCACCACCACCACCACCACCACCACCACCACCACCACCACCACUACUGAAGCCAACCCCUAAUACUGGCACUGUCCUGGUGCAGUGUCCCACCAGUGGCAUUGUACCCACAGCUCUCUCCCUGGUACCUGUCACCUCAUGCCCAGCAGCACAACCCAGUAUGGGGGAGGGCGGGGACCUGUGCACCAUCACCUUCCAUGCAGGACCCGGGGAGGACAGCUCUGUGCCUGUCCCUCUUUUGUAUCCACCCCCUGCCAUCCCUGCUGUCCCCUCCACCACCAUCACUACCACCACCACCACCACCACCACCACCACACUGGACACCACCCUCCUGGCAGGCAUUCCCAUCACCACCAGUAUCUCUGUUCCCUCAAACAACAGCUCAUUGCUGGUGGUGACACCUCUGCUGCCCUCAACCACCACUUCCACCACCACCACCACCACUGCCACCACCACCACUGCUUCUGUGCCACACCCCUCACCACCACCAUCAUCAUUGCUGCUGCCAUCACCUCUAUCAUAUGACAAGAUGUGUGAUGAGAGUCAAACAGCUACCACCACCACCACCACUACUGUCUUCACUGGUGACAUCACCACCACCGCCACCACUACCACCACCACCACCACUACUGUCUUCACUACUGACAUCACCACCACCACCUCCAGCACAGGCACUACCACCACCAUCACCUCCAGCACAUCAGUGGCCAGUGUGCUGCUCACCCUGGCACAGCUGCCACACUCCAUCCUUGCCUCCAAAGAGCAGUGUUCAUCGGGAGAGUCAGGUGUGUGUUCUGCACCACUGGAGUCACAUCUGGGUCCAGGGCAGCCACAGGGGAAUUCUGUCUCCCUGCAGCAGCAGCAGCAGGAGGAGGAGGAAGUGGAAGGUGGUGGUGGAGCAGCCAAAGUGCUUGGUUCCCUUGAGGAGGUCAGCGUGGAAAUCAUGCAGCAGCGACCACCAAGGACGUGGAUCAAGACAGUGUUUGAUAGUCAUGCCACUCCUCCAGCUUCAUCUAUUCCUGCUCUUCCUCCUGCACCAUCUUCCAUGCAAGAUGUGGCCAGAGAUAGAGACAGAGAUGAGGGUGCAGCAGCAGGCCUUGAGGGGAGCUUGUCUCUGCCCUACAAGUGCAACAUAUGCGGCAAGAAUUUCAAGUCAGCAGGACACCUGAAGAAGCACCAGAGGACUCACGAGGGCCAGCGUUUCCCCUGUUCCCUGUGCAGCAAGGCCUUCACUGAGAAGUACAACCUCAAGACACACAUGUUGACACACACCCAAGAACGUCCACAUAUGUGUCCACAGUGCCUUAAAACCUUCAGAUACAUGAGGGACUUGACUGAACACAAGAGGACUCAUGAAGGUGCCAAGCCACACACCUGUUCAGUGUGCAACAGGAGCUUUGUGAGGAGGAGGGACUAUGCUCGCCACUUCAGGGAGCAGCAUAGUGCACAGAGGCACCAGUGCCAAGUGUGUGGUGCCACCUUCAAGCGCCGCAUCUACCUGGAGACAGUACACAUGCGCACCCACCACCCACCCUCCAGCAGGUAAGGUGCACCCACUCAGGGUGUGCUGGGGAUAUCUUGCUGCAUGGGUCCUGCGAGUGUGUGUCCAGCAGAGUGCCUUUCUUGGCUGAUGGUUGCCAUCUGUGCCUGGGCAGGAAGCAGGACUUGUAUUUUGGGCAGAGUUGGGACAUGCAUCAUGGGUUUGAGGGAGUGUCACUACAUUAAGUGAUUGAGGAAAUUAAGUAGUACUCUUCCCUCAACAGACUGGAGAUGCAGUACAACCACAGCAGCAGCAGCAGCAGCAGCAGCAGCAGAGUGCACAGCCCAAAGAUAGGCUCAAGCAGCCCAGAGCCCAAGGAGGGAGAGGGCCACAUCUGUCGCAUCUGUGGCCGUACCUUUGCCCAGGCCCGCUACCUCACAUCACACCUGCAGACGCACUCCCGUCGGGCUAACUAUGUGCGGUGUCCUCGAUGUCCCCGCAUGUUUGUAUCAGAGCAAACCCUGAAGGUGCACCGCAACACUUUCCACAGCCGGGAUGCUGCCGCAGGGGACACACCACACCCAUGAUGCAACACAACACAGCCUCAGUUAUAUUCAGCGGACCUCAUCCACAGCAUCCAGAUGAUUGGUGUGGCCGUGGCUCACUCAUCAUGUGCCAUUGUCCCUAUGCUUCGCCACUUAUGGGCUUCCAAUAAACAUUUUAAAUAUUCCA